UGUUGUUGCUUUCCUUCUGAUUUAACUGGUCAAGUUGCUCCUUCAUGAAACCAGUGUCUCUCAACACCAUUUAUUCUUGAAUUACCUGCUGUACAAUCCAUUCAAACACCAUCCAUCUCUACCCCUACCUUAGCCCUCCACCAUGUACCAUCACCUGCAGACUGGACAGUGAUAGUCCUCCCUUGAUGGGCCUUAUCGCCUCUGUAACCAUAAAUUUAAGUGCACCAACAUGUUGCCUACAUCCAGUGUCUUAUCACGACCCUGAUGCCUGCCACCCCAGCACCCACAGACCCUAGUUCCCGGUCCCCCAGUGCCUCAAAUUUAAUAUUCUCAUUUGUGUCGUUAAUUCUCUGGUCCCUUCUCAAUAAUUUAGUGUGGUUUGUCCGAAAUUCCUAGUUUCUGUCUCCUGCUCCUAGAUGCUAAAUUGAAUCGCUUAGCAGUUCCUCAGUGCUGAAUAAAACAUCUAGCAAUCCUGGGCGCUGAGUGUGAUGUCGGAUGCUUCUGGGAGAGGCUUUUCUGGAGCUCCUGGAGGUUGACCGAGAUGCGUGUUGUGCAUGAUAAGCCUGCAGUUGGAGCGCCUAUUGCGGCAGGUCUCGGCACUGCCUGGGAUCCCGCUGCAAUCCCGGGUAAAGCUUUGCUCGGACAGCGUGAAGAGCGGCUGUGCGUUAUCGGCUGGGAAGUACUGGUCCCACCGCGCCGAGCCGGUUAACACACGGACUGAAGAGCUGCGGCUAUGGCACGGGUGCUAAUCGUCGGGGCGGGUCUCACGGGCAGCCUGUGCACGACCCUCCUGCGAAAAGGGACGAGGAACAAGCUGCAAAUCGUGGUCUGGGAAAAAGCGAGAGGCGCAGGAGGAAGAAUGAGCACAAGCAGAAGUCCCCAUGACCCAAACUGUACAGCUGACCUGGGAGCACAGUACAUUACAGUGACCCCGUUCUACGCUGAAAAGCAUCAAAGUUUUUAUGAAGAGUUGCUGUCACAUGGCAUUUUAAAACCUCUGCUCAGUCCUGUGGAAGGAAUGACAAUAAAGGAAGAAGGAAUCUGUAACUACGUGGCACCACAAGGGAUCUCAUCUAUUGUCAAAUAUUAUCUCAGUGACUCAGACGUGUUGUAUAAUCGCCAUGUUACCCACAUCAACCUCAAAGAAGGAAAAUUGGAAGUCUGCUGCAGAUCGGGCCCUUCAGAAAUGUUUGAUGCAGUUGUCCUGACAAUGCCUGUUCCACAAAUUCUUGAAGUACAAGGAGACAUGAAGACCUUUAUAAAAGAAUCACAAAGGCAAAGACUGGAAGCCGCAAGAUAUUCCUCUCGGUUUGCUUUGGCCCUUUUCUAUGAAGCAGGCACUCAGAUUGAUGCCCCCUGGGCAGCAAAAUAUAUCAUCAAUAAUCCCUGUAUACGCUUCAUCUCCAUUGAUAAUAAGAAACGCUGUUCAGAGGCCCCUGAAGUUGGACCUUCAGUGGUUGUUCACACCACCGUUCAAUUUGGAGCUGAAAAUGUGCAUAAAGAUAAAGAAGAUGUAGAGCCUCUGAUCCUUGAUCAGCUGCAGCAGAUCCUGCCAGGACUGCCCAAGUCUGUCAGUAGCAAGUGUCACAAGUGGAGGUACUCACAGGUUAUUGACCCAGUCUCAAACGUUCCAGGGCAAAUGACUCUCAGCACUCAGCCACUUCUCGUGUGUGGGGGAGACAGCUUUACACGAUCAAACUUUGAUGGCUGCACAGAAUCAGCCUUAGCAGUUGCGAAUGUAUUGAAAUGUCAUUUAUAAAAGUCUCCCUCUUGUACCUGAAUAUUUCACGUUGCCUCUGAUCUCAAACAGUAUUUCAAACCCCCUCACUGGGCUUUCAGAGACUGGAUGAAUUCAAAAGCCUGCCGAUGAAUUUGGCACACAGAUAAUAUUUGCAUUUGAGCUAGAAUAUAAUGGAAACAUGUGUUAAGCAUUUGACAUUGUGAUCCAGGGAGACUUUUCAAAGUACACUGAAGAAACUGACUACCAGCAGUAUAAAUCCAAGGAAAAAAAAUACAAUGAUUUACAGUGACUAAAACUAUUAAUCAGAACUUCAGAAAAUGCAACUAUCAGCCAAUUUUCACACUAUAUGUUCCAUGUAUUGUAACAUUAAACCAUUUUUUGUUCUAAACUGCAAAUCUAAGCAAAUUGCAGUUUUCACAGAGAGGAAAAAUACUUAAUGAUUUUCUUCAGAUUUUGCUUAAUUUCCAAAAGAGAAAGUAUCCGCCACAUGA